AUCAUGCCAGCUGGAUCUAUGGCCAAGCAUGCAGAACCCUUUCCAUCCAGCUGGUCUUCUUCCACCAUCAUCCCACUAAACUGCAGACUGAGCUGAUUUUCUCCAUGAGCAAUGAUCAGAAAAGAAGAAAGCAAACAAACAUGACAGACAGUACGACUUCUGAUCCAUGCCCUGUUCCCAAUCCGACUAUUGUGGACCCAUCGGCUGUGCGAAACGGACAAUGCGCCGCUGCCCAGGAUCCGAACCUACCCAAAAGAGGGAGCCAGGGCGAUCCUUUCAAUGUGGACCGGGACCAGGAGAUGAAAAUCACAGAUAGCGUUGAGGGCCAAGGUCUCUUGGAGAGCAGCAUGCGCCUGAAGCCUCAUGAAGCUCAGAGUUACAGGAAGAAAGCUUUGUGGGUGUCCUGGAUCUCCAUUGUGGUGACGCUCAUCUUGGCUGUGGCAGGCUUCACUGUAUCCUUCAUGAGACACAGUGCAUCAGCUUUUGGAUUUGCCUUUGACGCGACGUUAGAUGUUCUUUCCUCCAUUAUAGUGCUGUGGCGCUAUAGCAACGCUGCAGCGGUGCACUCUGCCCAUAGAGAAUACAUAGCAUGUGUGAUCCUGGGUGUGAUUUUCAUCUUGUCAUCUAUGUGUAUUUUGGGGAAGGCCAUCCAUGAUCUGGCCACCAAACUUCUUCCUGAAGUGGAUGACUUCCUGUUCAGCGUUUCUAUCGUCAGUGGCCUCGUGUGUGUCAUUCUUGCUGUUGUCAAGUUCAUGCUGGGAAGGAUUUUGACCAGCAGAGCCCUAAUCACUGAUGGCUUUAAUUCUAUGGUUGGAGGCGUCAUGGGAUUUUCCAUCCUCGUCAGUGCUGAGGCGUUUAGACAUCAUCCCACCAUCUGGUACCUGGACGGAAUCACUGGGGUCCUGAUUGGACUCAUCAUUCUAGCUUAUGGGGUCAAGCUGUUGAUCGACAUGAUACCACGAGUAAGACAAACUCGAAACUAUGAGCGCUUUGAGUAAUGCUGAUUUAGAAGAACAAAAAAGGCAUCAUAUGGAUCCAGUUAUCCCUCUCAGCUCCUGCUGCUCUCUCAACUCACACGAUACCCAAAUACAUCCAGGAAUAAAGUCUGCUGGCAGCCAAUUCAGGAUCAUGUAUUGUACAUGUGUCCUCUUUCACUCAGCACAACAUUUAAGAGAAGGAAGGAGGAAGAAGAAUAAGCUGGUCAGUGGAUCGGUGUCAUUCCUGGCACUCAAGAUAUCAUCCUGGAUGGAGUCACUGGUUUUAAACAGAGAUCAGCAUUUAUUGGUCACAUCCAUGAAAUUCUGUUAUGCCACAUUUUAGUUUUUUUUUUGUUU